AUGCUCGUAUCUCGUGUCAUUACUGGCUUGCUCCUUGCAGAGGUAGCUACGUGCGCCAUAUCCUUGUCACUCGCUCCUCCGCAAAAUGCCAGCAAACCCCUUCUUGAGUCCUUUGUCUCGUACUCGAUUGAGUUUUCGUCCUUCCCGGAUUUCGCAGGGAACUCGAGUCAACCGAACAAUUUCUCAUACAACCUGUUGAAUAAUUUGCGCAAUCUUCAAGGGACUUAUCCCAUCAUCAGAGUUGGCGGGAACACGGAAGAUUACGCCACUUUCAAUGCUUCCCAGACGACUGCCCUGAUUGGGACUUUCAACUUCACAAGGUCCAGAGACUACCCAACCACAAUAUCUAUCGGUCCAGCCUACUUUGACUCUUACUCCACUUGGCCAGGCGUCACGUAUAUCCAUGGCUUCAACUUGGGCAAAAAUGGUUCCAUCGGCUACGAGACCUUGGUAGGAACUGUUCCCCUUGUCUGCAAGGCUCUUGGUACUUCCAAAGUCGCCUAUUGGGAGCUAGGCAACGAGCCCGAUCUCUACAAGACCAGUGCUCAAGGGCCAGUGAGACCAAGUUGGUGGAAUGAGACCGAUUAUGUCCAAGAAUGGCUCAACAAAACUCGCACUAUCCGACAACUAGUCCAGCAGAAUUGUCCGGAAAUCAUCAGUCAGGGGAAGUUCAAAUUCUACGCCCCCAAUUUUGGGGGUACUUCAAACAGUUUGAACUCGAUCACCACAUGGCAAGCUGGAUUGGACGCCGACAACAAUAUUGCUUUCAUCGACAGCCACAACUAUAUUGGAGGUGCGACUCAACCAGGUGUGACUCUCCAGGGCACCUUGAUGAACCACAUAUCGACCGUUUUAUCAGUCAACAAACACCUCAAUGAAUCAAGCCUCCUAGCCUACACGGGCCUCCCAUACAUCCUGGGCGAGACAAACAGUUUGUACAACGAAGGGGCACCAGGCCUGUCUAAUUCCUUUGGUGCUGCUCUUUGGGGCGUGGAUUUCAACCUCUAUUGUGCUGCCACGGGAAUUGCUCGAGUCCACAUGCACCAAGGCACCAAUUAUAGGUAUGCUUCAUGGCAGCCAAUUCCAACCGUCAACGAGACCCAGGGCACAAAGGCACCAUACUAUGGAAAUAUCAUGGUAGCCACCUUUCUCGGAGAUUUGACCAAGAAAAACGUUAGCAUAAGUGACCUCGAACUCGGGAGCAUAUAUCAAAAUGCCUAUGCGGCAUACGUCGACGGCCGAUUGGAGAGAAUAGCUGUCGUCCAGAUGAAUGCGUACAACUACACAUCCAAUGGCACGGCAACUGCCAAGGGACCUCGUCCCAGUGAGACGUUCAGCUUCCAACUGCCCGCCACUGGCACCGGGCCAGCCGUGAAGGGAGUUAGUGUGCAGCGGCUGAUGGCAAACGGCAGUGACGCCAUUACGGGGAUUACUUUCGAUGGGUGGUCAUAUAACUACGAGCUCCGUCAGGGAAGGCCCGUGAAGCUCAACAACGUCACUUCAGGGGAGGUGUUGCAGAUCGCUCAGGGCGGCAUGCUUGCGAUUACAGUGCCAUGGUCUAGCGCAGCGAUAUUGAAUUUGCAGUGGUGAAUGAGUCGGACUUUGAAUAUAUGAUGGGGAGAUGGGGAGAGAGGAC